CGUGGCCCGGGAAGCGCGGCCCAUGGCAGCGGCCCUGCGGGCCCAACGGACGGCCAUGGCGCCGCUGCUGGAGUACGAGCGGCAGCUGGUGCUGGAGCUGUUAGAUGCGGACGGGCUGGUGGUGUGCGCCCGCGGCCUGGGCGCGGACCGGCUCCUCUACCAUUUCCUCCGGUUGCACUGCCACCCGGCCUGCCUGGUGCUGGUGCUCAACACGCAGCCCGCCGAGGAGGAAUAUUUUAUCGAUCAGCUGAAAUUAGAAGGAACUGAACAUCUCCCUUGCCGAGUCACCAAUGAAAUUGCAAGCAACAGUCGCUAUGAGGUGUACACACGAGGAGGGGUCAUAUUUGCAACAAGUCGAAUACUUGUGGUUGAUUUCUUGACCGACAGAAUACCUGCAGAUUUAAUAACUGGCAUCCUGGUGUACCGAGCCCACCGGAUCAUCGAGUCAUGUCAGGAAGCCUUCAUCCUGCGCCUCUUCCGCCAGAAAAACAAGCGCGGCUUCAUUAAAGCUUUCACGGACAAUGCCAUCGCCUUCGAUACCGGCUUUUGUCACGUGGAAAGAGUGAUGAGAAAUCUUUUUGUGAGGAAGCUGUAUCUGUGGCCAAGGUUCCACGUAGCAGUCAACUCCUUCCUAGAGCAGCACAAACCGGAAGUGGUAGAAAUUCACGUUGCCAUGACGCCCGCCAUGCUGGCCAUCCAGACAGCCAUCCUGGACAUCUUAAACGCCUGUCUGAAGGAGCUGAAAUGCCACAACCCGUCGCUUGAAGUGGAAGACUUGUCUUUAGAAAAUGCUAUCGGGAAGCCUUUCGACAAGACGAUCCGCCAUUACCUGGACCCUUUGUGGCACCAGCUCGGAGCCAAGACCAAGUCCUUGGUUCAGGACCUGAAGAUACUCCGGACCCUGCUGCUGUACCUCUGCCAAUAUGACUGUGUCACCUUUCUUAACCUUCUCGAAUCUCUGAGAGCAACGGAAAAGGCUUUUGGUCAGAAUUCAGGUUGGCUGUUUCUUGACUCCAGCACUUCAAUGUUUGUAAAUGCCCGAGCCAGGGUUUAUCAUAUUCCAGACUCCAAAAUGAGCAAAAAAGGCAAAACAUCUGAGAAGAUGGAGAAUAAAGAAGGUCAAGAAACGAAGAAGGAGCUGGUGCUCGAAAGCAAUCCCAAGUGGGAAGCCCUCUCGGAAGUGCUGAAAGAGAUUGAAGCAGAAAAUAAGGAGAGCGAGGCCCUGGGAGGCCCAGGGCAGGUGCUGAUCUGCGCCGCUGACGACCGCACCUGCGCCCAGCUGCGGGGCUACCUGGCGGCCGGCGCCCAGGCCUUCCUGCUGCAGCUCUACCGGAGAACCUUCGAGAAGGACAGCAAGGCCGAGGCGGUGUGGAAGGAGGGCGGUUCAAAGAGAACUCUGAAGUCCAGCAAAAGACCCAGGGGUCCCCCGAAGAGAGGCCAGGCCUCGGCGGGAGACAGGGCGGUCCGGAGGAAGAGGCGCGUGCCGGCCCCGGCGUUGGGGAGCGCGGCGCCGGCGGGGCCCGAGAGCAGCGGGAGCGGGGAGGAGGCCGAGGCUGAGGCCGAUGCCGAGCGCGGGGUCGAGGAGAGCGGGGAGGCCGCGGACCUGAGCCCGAGGUCGGACGAGGCCUACGGGGUCCUCCGCGAGCCGCUGGCGGUGCUGCAGCCGCUGCUGGGCAGCGGCGACCCCUACGCGCUGACGCGGACGCUGCAGGAGCUGGAGCCCCGCUACGUGGUGCUCUACGACGCCGAGCUCGCCUUCGUGCGCCAGCUGGAGGUGUUCCGCGCCAGCCGGCCGGGCCGGCCCAUGAGGGUUUACUUCCUUAUAUAUGGGGGUUCAACGGAGGAGCAGCGCUACCUCACCACCCUUCGGAAAGAAAAGGAAGCCUUUGAAAAACUCAUCAGGGAAAAGGCUAGCAUGGUUGUCCCUGAAGAAAGAGAAGGCAGAGAUGAAAGCAACCUGGACCUAAUGCGAGGCCAAACAGCCGCGGGCAGUGCGGUCGACACUCGCAAAGCCGGUGGCCAGGAGCCAGGCACAGAGGCGGCCCGCGUGGUGGUGGACCUGCGCGAGUUCCGCAGCGAGCUGCCCGCGCUCCUGCACCGGCGCGGCCUGGACCUGGAGCCCGUGACCCUGGCGGUGGGCGACUACGUGCUGAGCCCGGAGCUGUGCGUGGAGCGGAAGAGCAUCGGCGACCUGGCGGCCUCGCUGGGCAGCGGGCGGCUCUACGCGCAGUGCCAGGCCAUGGCGCGCUACUACCGCCGGCCGCUGCUGCUGGUGGAGCUGGACGCGCGCAGGCCCGGCCCGCUGCCCCCCGACGUGGGCUCCCGGCUGGUGCUGCUCACGCUGCACUUCCCGCGGCUGCGGCUGCUCUGGUGCCCGUCCCCGCACGCCGCGGCCGAGCUCCUGGAGGAGCUGAAGCGCGGCCGGGCCCAGCCCGAUGCGGCCGCCGCCGCCGCCAUCAGCGCCGACUCGGAGCCACUGGCGGACUCGGAGCGCUACAACCCGGGGCCGCAGGACUUCCUGAUGCGGAUGCCGGGGGUGGGCGCCAAGAACUGCCGCGCACUCAUGCGGCAGGUGCGGAGCCUCGCCGAGCUGGCCACCCUCCCGCAGGAGCGGCUGGCCGCCGUCCUGGGCCACGCGGGCAACGCCCGGCAACUGUUCGAGUUCAUCCACGCGCCCUACCCGGGCCCGGGGCCCGCCGCGGGGAGACCGAGGACCUGAGUGCGCGCCCCGCGGCCCCGUGAAGGCUGCCCGGCCGGCCAGCUGCACGAGGCUCUGCUCGGUUCCUUCAGGUUCCUCCAGGCCAGGCGCGCUCCUGCACGGCCGGGCCCCUCCCCCCGGCGUUUCUGCCGGGUUAACGUCCCUGGGGGCCUGCCGCACCCCAUUUCUGAAUGAGCUGUGUCAGGGUGGCGGCAAGUCCUACAGUCUCCCAGAUACCCCGUGCUCCCCCUCGCCGUCCACACGGCCUGCUGACCCCAGGAGGAGCCUCUUGACCAAUUCUGCGCACAUCUCCUCGCUUCGGCGCCUUCCACCUGUAUCUGGUUGGAUCUUCCUAUAUUCACUUAAACCGGCACUUAAAGCCGGUGCGUGGCUCACACUUGUAGUCCCAGCUGCUCGGGAGGCUGUCAUCCAGGUUCAGAACCAGCCUGAGCAGAAACAUCUGCAAGACUAGCCCCAACCACAUUGUGUGCACCCUCCUCCAUGAGCACAUACUGUCAUCGGCUGCUGGGCCAGUGCGAGUUGUAAGACAUGAAAUGAAUUUUACCUAAUGGCAAAGCCGGAUGGUACAGGUAAGGAAGCCCUUACAAUUCUGUAACCUCCAAAAUCUCACAGCUCUCCAAGCCUUGACAAGGAGCCAGUGAGUCCUAAGACAUCAUCCCCAGUCCACUGGGGUGUCCCUCAUCUGAGACUUGAGCCCGGGCAGCCCACUGUCCUGUCCCCUCUCCACGCCCCUGCCCUGUGCCUGCCCCUUUGAGGAUGCAAAUAAAGGAAUGGCCUAACCAGCACUUGGUCUUCUCCCCUCCAAGUGGAGAUGAAAUGACUAGAGCAAAAUGAAAGACAUGAUAGACUAUAUAAAUGGAAGACAGAAUCUCUAAGAAUUCAGAGGCUGUAUUUACAAAUCCAUGGAGAAACUCAACUUGUCAUAAACCUUCCAUCGCUUUAGGUCACCUUUGAAAUGUGUGUACAGGAGACCCAUAGCAUUUUGAUAGUUUGUAAACUUAGAUGUAUAUACAUUAUUAACUUAUCCCCACAUGCUUAGUAGUGAACGGCACAUGUUCUACCUCAAGAGUUGGCGCAGGUGUCAGCUCCGCUGGCUUGGUCACAUAGUUGAAGAUUUCAUCCCUGUCGGCCAUUCUUUCACUUGUCACACAGGACAAAUAGAAAGUAACCCUUGUAACCAAAUUGUCAGCUCUUUAAUGAAAGCUCUUUUAAGAACUUCUCAUUCUGGCAUCUUGCUUUGUUGGUACUCAGCCCUCCAGGACCCAUGCUCCAGUGCAUUCCAUGAAAGGCAAAGUGUUUGCAUGUGUGCCUUCCGCACAUCCGCCUGUGGCGUAGCACCCACCAGCGCCAGCCUACCCCACCUCUCAUUAUCAGGCCACAGUUGCCCCAACCUCAGCUGGCCUUCCUGCCUGUGCCAUGGGCACUACCUUCAACUCCAAUGUUGGUGCAGCAUGUCCUGGAAUGAUGCCUCUAUGCAAAUGGGGUUGUGUCAGCCCUCCCGACAGCCCCCUUUAAACUGCCCUCCAU